AUGUCCGGCAAUUGCCCUUGGUCACCUGCACAACUUAAAGGUGCAGCUGACACUUACUAUAAAUCGCUCAAAGAUGCUAAGAUAAGGAAAGACAAUGGAAAAGAAGGGGAGCAUGCAGUAACUUGCAGGCGCCAAGGAAGACAGAGAGAUAAAUUAGACAGAAGAACAAAGGCAUUAGAGAUGAUGACAUGGUCUGAAGCAAAAAAGAAUGUAGUUAGAAAAGUCAUAACUCCAGAAUACAUGAGUUCAGAUGAAAGUGACUGGGGUGAGGAUGAAGCUGGACCCAUCUUGAAGGGAUACUUAACCAAAAAACUACCUUGGGAGAGAUUACGGCUAACGAAAUGCAAGCAGGAACUUGAUCUUGCCUACAAAAAGAGCUUGCCUGGUAGGYGUAGAAGCUUGAUAUUAAAAAGGUCAGCCAAUCCUGUAAAUUCUUGCAGGCCUAGGCCGACGAACUGUGAAGAAUGGGCUGUUAGAACACCAACAGCUACAAUAAGCGUUCUUGCUUCAACUCCAGUGCGAGACAAUAGUAAUUCUAGCAUUGAUUUGGAAGAGUCCGCUAUACAAGAGUAAUUUUUUCUUCAUAUUUUUGGAAUUUAAUGGGCCAUUUGCAUUGUGACAG